AUGGAUGACCCCGUCGAAGCUUUUACGUCCAUUACAGGGCAAUCAGAGGCUGUGGCAAGAGUGUACCUUGGAAUGACCGACAACAAUCAUGAACAAGCAAUAGGAUUAUUCUUCGAAGCGCCCGAACUUGCAAGCCAAAAUGCUGCUUCUCAACAAGCCCCGCCACAAAUACCUACUUCUACCAGGCCACCAAGAUCUACGAACCGCGCCCAGCAAAAUGCAUCUGGAGUAGUCGAUUUGGAUUCCGAUGACGACAUGGAAGUUGAUGAUGAUAAUAGCGAUGGCGACUCUGACACUGCAACAGCUGCCGCUAUUGCACGCGCCGCGGAAGUUGAGGACGAUGCAGCUAUGGCGCGGAGAAUGCAAGAAGAGCUUUACAGCGGUGGGGAUGCAAGUGGCGGAUUCGAUGCAGAAGGCGUGAGAGCGCCUAUUGCGAGAACUACGGAGACGCUUGUCGGUGGGCCAGGGGGUUGGGAUGGAGAUGAUGCCCUGCAAAGCGAAGUUUUGGAGCAAAUGAGACUCCGGGCUCAAAGACAAACUAGGGCGGCUGGCGGUGGAGGCUCAGCUCGAGCAGGCAAUCCAGGUGGACGAGCAGCUCCAUCGAUUUGGGACCAGGAAAACGAAGAUACAGCACGAGCGGUCACAGGAGCAGAAGGAACUAGUAAGAGCGCCCGUCUUGCAGAGCUUUUCAGGCCACCAUUCGACCUCAUGUACAAAUUGCCUUGGGACUCCGCUCGCGACGAGGGAAAAGAAAAUGGAAAGUGGAUAUUAGUCAACAUUCAAGAUAACUCUAUCUUCGACUGCCAGUCAUUGAAUCGCGACAUUUGGAAAGACCCUGGAGUUAGAGAUGUUGUGAAGGAGAAUUUCAUAUUCAUGCAGUAUUCCAAGGACGAUCCACGGGGCAGCCAAUAUAUCCAGUAUUACUUUCCUCAGAAAGAUAGCGAGGCUGCAUAUCCUCAUAUUGCGAUCGUCGACCCAAGAACUGGAGAGCAAGUAAAGGUUUGGUCAGGACCUCCAGUACCAAAGCCUGCAGAAUUUCUCAUGCAACUGGUUGAGUUCCUUGAUCGAUAUAGUCUCGAUCUGUCCAAGAAAAAUCCUGUCGCAAGACGAAAGCAAGAGAAGUCAACUGCGGUAGACGUCAAUAAGCUCACUGAAGAGGAGAUGCUUAAUCUAGCGAUGCAAAAUAGUCUCGCGAAUAACGGAACAACGGGACCCAAAGCUGAUGAUCCAGAUGACCUCACAAAGAGUUUCGGAGAUGUCAGCAAAGGAAAGGGUAAAGAGACUUCAGAAGAGAGCUCAGAGAUAGCCGAACCUUCCCAAAAUAAUUCCAAUUCUGGUGCAGAAGUCUCUCCUUUCUCUCAGAUUCCUUCUGACAGGCCGCACACUGAGCCCGAAGGCCCCCUUUCACAAAGCACGCGCAUUCAGUUCAGACACGCCAACGGUCGUAUUGUUCAUAGGUUUAGGCUCGAUGAUACAGUACGUCGCAUUUACGAAUGGCUAAAGUCGGAUCCACUGGAGGGGAAAGCAGGUGUUCCGUUUGAGCUGAGAAGUGCAGGCAAAGAUUUGAUAGAUUCUUUGGACGAAACGGUCAAGGCUGCGGGACUCAAUAAUGGGACUGUGAUGGUGGAAUUCAUCGAGGAGUAA